AUGGAGUCUAACUCAACAUUACCUUUGAAUGCACUCGUGGACAAGCUCUUUACAGCGGCGUCAAUUUCAACCUCCGGGACUAUCGCUCUUACAACUAGUGACACUCAUGAUAUUAUAUAUUAUUUGAAAUAUCUGGCACAUUUAUCGGACCAACCCGUCAAUUUUUUUCCGGAUACUCCAUUGGAGUACCAGAAUACAGAUAUAUUUGAAUCGCCGUCGAUUUCUGCAAGCGCCACACUCCCCUCCUUGUGCAACCCACUUCCCAGUGCCACAUCGACUCCUCACUGGGCUUUAUCUCCAAUGGAUAGCUUCAGCGGUCUUUCUCCCCACGAAUCUACAUUUGAAGCACUCUCGAAUAUGAGCGAGAAAGACACCUAUGCCACAGACUCUCUCCAAAUACUAUAUUCGGAACAAAUCCGAUCGGCGAAUCAGACACCUUCUCCCCCAGAUGAAUUAUGGACUAAAUUUGAGUCCAUCAACCAAAAUCCUUCUUUUGACGACUCCUUCCCUUUCACUGACAAUCCUGUAUUUCCUCUAAGCCCUUGUCCAAUGGAAAUCAUUGACUCCACUGUCGAAAAUAAUCCUACCCCUAGUUGGUCUUAUUCAUGCCCUACGAUUUCCCAAUCUCAGUUCAAUGCACCACUCGAACCGUCAUCCUCCGAUACCUUGAGCUCUUCAAAGAAUAUCAAAAAUUGUUUAUCGAAACGUACAGGCAAUAAAAAAGUAAUAACCACUCCAUAUAAUCCGCAAAAGGGCUACAAGUUCCGCCACCUUGUUUCAUCUUGCAAUGGACCCAUGCCACCAAGUGAUGGAAAUGACUCGAAUGUCAAUAAGUACCGUUGCUCAAAUUGUUGUAGGGACUUUACAACCAAGUUCAAUAUGAUUCGCCACCGCAAGACCAUUCAUCCUUAA